UGUGGCGGACGCUUCCGCCUCGCGGGCCUCGGCCCGGAGCGAGCGGCGCCGCGAUGUGGCUGGGCCCCGAGGAAGUGCUGGUGGCCAACGCGCUGUGGGUGACGGAGCGGGCCAACCCCUUCUUCGUGCUGCAGCGGCGCCGGGGCCACGGCAAGGGCGGCGGCCUCACGGGUCUUCUCGUGGGUACCCUGGAUGUGGUGCUGGACUCCAGUGCCCGCGUGGCCCCCUACCGCAUCCUGCACCAGACCCAGGAUUCGCAGAUCUACUGGACCGUGGCAUGCGGUUCUUCCCGCAAAGAAAUCACAAAACACUGGGAAUGGCUGGAAAAUAACUUGCUCCAGACACUGUCCAUCUUUGACAAUGAGGAGGAUAUCACCACCUUUGUCAAGGGCAAGAUACACGGUAUCAUUGCUGAAGAGAACAAGAACCUGCAACCCCAGGGGGAUGAGGACCCUGGGAAAUUCAAGGAGGCAGAGCUCAAGAUGCGGAAGCAGUUUGGGAUGCCAGAGGGGGAGAAGCUGGUGAACUACUACUCCUGCAGCUACUGGAAAGGUCGCGUGCCCCGGCAGGGCUGGCUCUACCUUACUGUCAACCACCUAUGCUUCUACUCCUUCCUGCUGGGGAAGGAAGUGAGCCUGGUGGUGCAGUGGGUGGAUGUCACACGGCUAGAGAAGAAUGCCACCCUCCUCUUCCCUGAGAGCAUCCGUGUGGACACCAGGGACCAGGAGCUCUUCUUCUCCAUGUUCCUCAACAUCACUGAGACCUUCAAGCUCAUGGAGCAGCUGGCCAACCUGGCCAUGCGACAGCUACUGGACAGCGAGGGCUUCCUGGAGGACAAGGCCCUGCCCAGGCCCAUCCGGCCGCACAGGAACAUCUCUGCUCUGAAGCGAGACCUGGAUGCCCGAGCCAAGAACGAGUGCUACCGGGCCACAUUCCGGUUGCCCAGGGAUGAGCGGCUGGACGGCCACACAGGCUGCACCCUGUGGACGCCAUUCAACAAGCUGCACAUCCCCGGCCAGAUGUUCAUCUCCAACAACUACAUCUGCUUUGCCAGCAAGGAAGAGGACGCAUGCCACCUGAUAAUACCCCUGAGGGAGGUGACCAUUGUUGAAAAAGCUGACAGCUCCAGUGUCCUGCCUAGCCCGCUGUCCAUCAGCACCAAGAGUAAAAUGACUUUCCUGUUUGCCAACCUGAAAGAUCGUGAUUUCUUGGUUCAAAGGAUCUCUGACUUCCUCCAGAAAACGCCAUCCAAACAGCCAGGCAGCAGCACUGCAGGGAGAAAGGCCAGCGUUGUGGACCCAGCUCCCGAGUUUCUCCCAGCUUCUCCGGAGGCAUCAGAACAGCCCACCAGCCCAUCAUCUCCGCUCAGUGGCCGCCGGGGCUUCUGUGCACAGGAGGUGCCAACUGCUUCCCAAGGUCUGCUCAAGCUGUUCCGGAGAAACUCGCCCGUGGAGGACCUCGGAAUCAAGGGGGCCAAGGAGAAGAUGAAAGAGGAGUCCUGGGACAUCCACUUCUUUGAGUAUGGGCGUGGCAUGUGCAUGUACCGCACGGCCAAGACGCGGGAGCUGGUCCUGAAGGGCAUCCCCGAGAGCCUGCGAGGAGAGCUGUGGCUCCUCUUCUCUGGGGCCUGGAAUGAGAUGGUGACUCACCCUGGCUACUACGCUGAGCUGGUGGAGAAGUCCACAGGAAAGUACAGCCUGGCCACAGAGGAGAUCGAGCGAGACCUCCACCGCUCCAUGCCCGAGCACCCUGCCUUCCAGAACGAACUUGGCAUCGCUGCGCUCCGACGGGUGCUGACUGCCUACGCCUUCCGAAACCCCACCAUCGGCUACUGCCAGGCAAUGAACAUCGUGACCUCGGUGCUCCUGCUCUACGGCAGCGAGGAGGAGGCCUUCUGGCUCCUGGUCGCCCUCUGCGAGCGCAUGCUACCCGACUACUACAACACCAGGGUGGUGGGAGCCCUGGUGGACCAAGGCAUCUUCGAGGAGCUGACAAGAGACUUCCUGCCCCAGCUGUCAGAGAAGAUGCAGGAUCUGGGGGUGAUCUCCAGCAUCUCGCUCUCCUGGUUCCUGACCCUCUUCCUCAGCGUCAUGCCCUUCGAGAGUGCUGUGGUCAUUGUUGACUGCUUCUUCUACGAGGGCAUCAAGGUGAUCCUGCAGGUGGCCUUGGCUGUCCUGGAUGCCAACAUGGAGCAGCUGCUGGGCUGCAAUGACGAGGGCGAGGCCAUGACCAUCUUGGGCAGAUGCCUGGACAAUGUGGUCAAUAAGCAGAGCACCUCGCCCCCGGUUCCACACCUCCACGCCUUGCUCACCAGUGGGGAUGACCCUCCUGCACAGACGGACAUCUUUGACCUUCUCAAGGUGUCCUAUGAGAAAUUCAGCAGUGUGCGAGCCAGUGACAUCGAACAGAUGCGGUUUAAACAGAGGCUGAAAGUGAUCCAGUCCUUGGAGGAUACCGCCAAGAGGAGCGUGGUCCGAGCUAUACCUGGGGACAUUGGUUUCUCAAUUGAAGAGCUGGAAGACCUUUACAUGGUGUUUAAGGCCAAGCACCUAGCAAGUCAGUACUGGGGGAGCAACCAUGCGGCAACCGCCCGCCGGGACCCCAGCCUGCCCUACCUGGAGCAGUACCGGAUCGACGCAAGCCAGUUUCGGGAGCUCUUUGCUUGCCUGACACCCUGGGCCUGUGGCACCCACACGCCUGUGUUGGCAGGCCGCAUGUUCCGACUCCUGGACAAAAACAGGGACUCGCUGAUCAACUUCAAGGAGUUCGUGACUGGGAUGAGUGGGAUGUACCACGGGGACCUGACUGAAAAGCUCAAGGUGCUCUACAAGCUGCACCUCCCCCCAGCCCUGAGCCCAGAGGAAGCCGAGUCAGCCCUGGAAGCCACCCAUUACUUCACAGAGGACAGCUCCUCAGAAGCAUCUCCUCUGACCUCAGAUCUGGAUCUUUUCCUGCCCUGGGAGGCUCAAGAGACACUAACGCAGGAAGAACGAGAAGGAAGUGGAAACGAGGAGGGCCGAGAAAAACAAGGAGAGGAGAAGGGGACCAGCCCUCCAGACUAUCGGCACUACCUUCGCAUGUGGGCCAAGGAGAGAGAGGUUCAGAAGGAGACCAUCAAGGAUCUGCCCAAGAUGAACCAGGAGCAGUUCAUUGAGCUGUGCAAGACACUGUACAACAUGUUCAGCGAGGACCCCCUGGAACAGGACCUGUACCACGCCAUCGCCACGGUGGCCAGCCUCCUCCUCCGCAUUGGCGAGGUGGGGAAGAAGUUCUCGAGCCGCAACAGCAGGAAGCCCGGGGACAGUACCCCCAGCGGGGAGCAGGACGGUGCCGCCGAGGAGGGCGUGCCCCCAGCACGGGAGCCCCAGCCACCAGCCGCAGGGGACCCCCAGGCCAAAGCCGGUGGAGACACCUACCUGGGGAAGGCGCCACAGGAGAGCCAGAUGGUGGUGGAGGGGGGCAGUGGUGAGGGGCAGGGCUCGCCCUCCCAGCUUCUGUCCGACGACGAAACCAAAGACGACAUGUCCAUGUCCUCCUACUCGGUGGUUAGCACGGGCUCCCUGCAGUGUGAGGACCUCGCAGAUGACAUGGUGCUGGUGGGCGGGGAGGCCCGCAGCCCCACGGCUGCCGCACGCCUCGGGGGCACCAUGGACACGGACUGGUGCAUCUCCUUCGAGCAGAUCCUGGCUUCCAUCCUGACAGAGUCCGUGCUGGUCAACUUUUUUGAAAAGAGGGUGGACAUUGGGCUCAAGAUCAAGGACCAAAAGAAGGUCGAGAGACAGUUCAGCACCUCCAGUGACCACGAGCAGUCUGGGGCCCUGGGCUGAGCCCUGCAGCUCUGGCUGAGGCCUCUGUCUCCUCCCUCCCUCCCUCCCUUCCUGAUUUCUCAUUAAAGACAAGCCCCUCCCGUCCACCCCAGAAGCAGCGGGUUGUAAGUGGAAAGAAGGCUGAUGCCAACACAGUUGCCUUAGAAAGAGUCCCUGGGCCUGGGUCUCCUGGCAGCAGCCGCUCCUGGGGCCCAGGGAGACACGGCUGCUCCUAUCUUCCUCUCUGCCCACGGGAGCUGCCUCAAGCCAGAGGUCCCUGCCUAGCAUUAGAGGCGCUCACAUCUGCCCCCACUUGCCUCCUGCCUCUGCGGCCAGGCCAGAGCGGGUCCCUCCAGCCACGGAUGCUCUCCUGCAGCUGGGUAGGCCAGGGCUCUGACCUGCCACUUGGCACAAAGUGAUGGAACUGGAAGGUGCUUUCCGAGAGCCCCUGAGCCUGGACCUUCUGCCGGAGACACGGGCAGAAAGCGGCACCAAAGUGGGAGCUGCACAGCACCCAAGUGUGCUCCUCCAGCUCAUCCUUGUCAAGAACCCAAAAGCACCUCCCUCAGGUCCUGACCUAUUCCUCAUCUUCAUUUCAUAUGGCUAAAAUCACACUGUGCUCAAUGCCUUAAUAAACCCGUGAAGGAACUGAAACUCA